AAGACGAGCGAGUGGCACUCUUUCGAAGGCCGUGUGGGUCACCCUUCGGCCGCGCUCGCUGAAACGGGGGAGUCUGAGUCGAAACAUGUGUCUGGUGGAAAAGAUUUGGGCGCAGCAUGAGGGACAGUUAGUGGUGUAAAAGAACGUGUCUGUGUUUGGACCGACAGCUGUUGAAGUGGCAAGCGGAGAAAUGAGCAACCAAGGCAUAAGACAUCGGCGGUGGCUGCUGAUGCUGACGGCAAUCGGCCUCGGCUGGAUCGUCGCUACCUCCGUCACUGUCUUAGGCAUGUUCAUGACAGCCUGUCGGAGGAGAGUCAAGCCUGAGACUGACGACGGAGGCCUCUGUCACUCUUCCUCGCUGCAUGAGGGCUACGCUAUGGUGGGCUUUGGCUCCCUCAUGAACGUGGCUUUGCUGGUGACUAUGUUGGUCCUGCUUAUGAAGGACCGCAGGAAGAACCGCAUCAAGCCGGACCCGCCGCCCGACUACGAGAGCCUCAUCAAGGACGAGACGCCUCCGCCCUCCUACUUCGAGCUCAGCCUCGGCGACCCCGACUCUGCGCGCGAUAUCGUUGCCGUCGCCAGUCCGUCUUCCUCCUUUCCUUUUUCCUCUCCCUCCUCCUCCUCCUCCUCCUCCUCCUCCUCGCCCACGCCCAUAGACACGAGUGGUUCUACGCCGCCCACACUAACGCCCGUUUCUCCGCCCACACCGACGCCCACUACGGUCUCGACGGGCGUGUCCUGCACCCAAUCUCCGUCUACGCAGGCGUCCCUCGCGCUCGAAGAAAACGAAGUCCAUUCAAAUGAUCUCACGUUACUUCUCUAAGAGAGUCUGUCAGUCUUAUUUAUGAAUAUUAUUAUACUCGAUUAAAAUUACCUCCUUGUA